AUGGCGAUCUGUGCUUAUAACGCACGUACGCUUGCAUCGGAAGCGGCCAUCGAAGAUCUGAUAAUGCAAGCCAAGAAGAUCAAGUACGACGUCAUCGGACUGACCGAGACGAGACGACGUCACCCUCUCAACGCCGAGUCACUCGGUGGAGGGUACAGUAAUGAAAUAGACCACAUCAUCGUCAGCAAAAGGUUCUGCCUGACGGACGUCGCUGUUGUGCCGAAGUUUCAUACGGCAUCGGACCAUCGCCUCCUUCGGCGAUCUUCAUUUACGCGGAGAGAAGAGAAACCCGAGAAGUUCAAAGAGCGAAAUCCCAGAACUAUUAUUAACUGGGAUCUCUUCGCUACGUUAGCCGGCUUCUGGGAACAUUCCGCAAUGGACAACAUCGACGAGGAAUAG